AUGUCGUCGGCGGUUGUCCAAUCGAUCGUCCACAUCGAUGUUAGCAGUCUGCGUAGAAACUGGAUACGAGUUCCCCAUUCCGCAAGACUUCCACAUUCGACGAUCGACGAAGACACCCUGAUGCGCAUCCACGUUCGUGUCCUGUUUGCUGUCGCGGCUCUACUCGUGGGAAUCCACACUACCGUAGCAUUGGUGCGGACGGAGACUACGAAUGACGGCACCCAGCUAUCUGGACGCAUUCAUUCAACCGGGGACAAUGAUGUUUCCCGCCUUGGCUUUUUGCGGAUGAAUGACGCGCUUACUAAGGACGACGAGGAAAGGGCUGACCCCCAAGCAGUAUUGGCGAAGGUGCAGAAAGGUGUCAGCAAGGGGUGGGAGUUGGUAAAACAUAAUGUUUGGUUUCGAUUUGGCUGGCAUCCCGACAAGGUGAAGAUGAAUCAUUCCGCCAGCACCUAUUAUCGCUACUUCAAAUACUGGUACAAGAAGAAGCAUCGCAACACCUACAAUUUCCGAUGA